AUGCUCUCCAUGCUCUUCCCCCAAUAUCUCAUUCCCUCUUUCCUGCCCAACUCCUCCACACCGGAGCGUAACACCCUCUCACCUUCCCCUUCCCCUGUAUCCUCACCAACAUCUCCUGUGGAAGCACAAGCCCAAGUACCACCACCCGGAAACCUGUCAACCAAGGGCAAAGGGAAAAAGACAUCCCUACAACGACUCUCCCCCACAACCUCCAAAUCCCUCACCCACCACACUUCCUACAUCCACUGCAUCACUUGCGGCGCCCAUCUCUGCUUCACUUCCCAGAUCAUCAGCAAGGGCUUCACCGGCCGCCACGGACGCGCCUAUCUCGUCUGCGCUCAGAGCACUUCUCCUGAUCCCCACGAACAAGCCUUGCGCAAAGCGUCGCCCCCGUCUGCACUGUGUCCAUCACAAGCUACUCAGACUCUGCCUAAUACACUCCUCCACCGGCCCGUCUCACGCCAGCUCGUCACGGGCGCGCACACCGUCAGCGAUAUCAGCUGCCUGUUGUGUGGAAUCGUGCUAGGAUGGAAAUACGUCGAGGCGGAGGAGGAGACGCAGCGGUAUAAAGUGGGAAAAUUUAUCCUGGAAACGAAGAAGAUAACCACGGCAACGGCUUGGGAGGGCGUUGGGGAGAGUGGAGAAUCGGAUGGGGGUCGACAGGAUGCGGUGCGGAGCCGUAGAUAUGCUGGUCGAGCGACGAGUCUGGAUAUUGAGAAUGGGGACGGGGAUGAUGAUGGUGGGCAUCAUUUGGAUGGCGAUGAGAGAGAAAAGAGUAAGAAUAGUCGUGGGCGCGGCGACGAGGGUGAGCACGACCAUCAUCAUCAUAGCCAUGACCCAAAUUAUGACUAUGGGCAUGACCAUGGGAACGAGCACGUGCGCAAGCAAGAGAGGCAAACUGGCAUGCCGGGACGUGAGAUUGAAUUCGACAGCCAAGACGAAGAUGAAUGCGAGGAUCUCUUUGCCGGCAUCUGGAGUCCGGGACUGGCGACUCGUCGACGCAGUCGGAAGAUUGAGAAGAGACCCAGCUCUAUGGCGGCGACGAUGUUUGGAUUCGCCUGA